AUGCUAGAGGGAUCCUUUUCCAUGUACCCAGAGCAGAUCCCAGUCCAGACUCAAAGAGACGAACACGCAGCAUCCCAAGUCCAAUUCGAUCAAACCCAAUUCAAUGCUGCCCAAGCUCCUGCAACUCAGUUCGCCCAGUACGCGAUGCUCAACGCCCAAGCAGCUCAAGCGGGUCAGCCAUUUCCGCUCAGCUAUCCUGGUAUUAGCCCUGCUGAUCAGUACAGACAGUACCAACAUUCGCACGCCAAGCCUCCAUACUCGUACAUCUCCCUCAUUGCUAUGGCCAUUCAGGCAUCUCCUCGCAAAAUGUGCACUUUGAACGAGAUCUACCAGUUCAUCAUGAACCUCUUCCCCUACUACCGCCAGAACCAGCAGCGUUGGCAAAACAGCGUCCGUCAUUCGCUCUCUUUCAACGAUUGUUUCAUCAAGGUGCCCCGCUCAUCCGAGAUCCCCGGCAAAGGUGCGUUCUGGGCUCUUCAUCCCGAGGCUCACAACAUGUUCGAGAACGGCUGCUACCUUCGUCGACAAAAGCGAUUCAAGCUCUCAAAGAAAGACGAAAAGCCCCGAAGUCGCCAAGGCAAACGAUCGCUCGUCUCCGAUGACGCUCCGGCUCCCAAACAGAAACGACGCAACUCGAUGAACACUUCCACCGACGUCUCCCUCGAGAGCGGCAGCCCAUCUUCCGAGCCUGGCUUGACAGUCCCCAUCAACAGCACCAAGACUCCGUCCCCGGAGAAGGAGCAAAUCAUCAAGCAAGAAGUCUACGACCCCGUCCCAAAGGUGGAACGCCCAUUGACCGAAACUCCAGUCCUCCAGGAGCAGCAGAACCACCAACCAAUCACCUCUCAGCACAGCAUUGCUCUCAACAUCUCUCCUCUCACUACUGGAGCCUACAAUCUCCAACACCACUCGAUCCCGACUUCUGAGUCCGCCAUGCCUUCGAUGUCGUUCUCCGCGAUUCCAGACAUGUGGCAGCUGUACCCCUCCGUCUACUCUACCAUGACCAACAUGAACUCAUACGACACGGUCGCCUCCACCAUCAACCCCGACAUUUCCGCCAGCUCCACCGAAGAAGUCAGCUCCUACUAA